AUGGGUCAAGAGGAAAUUUUACAACAACAAGAAAGUGCAAAGGAAUCAUUAUUUGAAAAGAUUGUCAAAUGUCAAAAAGCAACAGGAGAAUUUGUAGGAGUUGACACAUUCAUUAAAGAAAUAGAUAAAUUUAAAAACAUUCAAUUUGACCAAGCCAUUGUUCAAACAUUCUUUGUAGUUCAAUUACUGCACGAGAAAUUUAUAGAAAAUAAAAUUGAAUGGAAAUUACUUGUGAAGAAAGCGGAGAAAUGGUUAGAAACGAAAUUGCCACUUCCUGAAGAAAUAAAAGCACAAAUUAUUUCAUUAGCAAAAUCAAUUAUUUUAAAAUAA